AUGCGCUUGUUUACUCUUGUUAUCUCUACUACGUCUGUUUGGAAUGCGUAUGCGCAGGGAAUUGCACCCACACCGGUAGCCCCUCGGGACUUGAACAGUUGUUCAACCGAGGCCAACAAAUUCACUUCCAAGUGGGCAACUACAACAGCCCCAGCAUCACUAGUUUCCGCGUUUGGCGCAGCUUCCAUUGAUGCCUGCGCCAUGCCGACCAUAACAGGAACAAACAGCGUGGAGGCCAGCCAUUGGUACAGCUCCGUCCAGAGCGAGUAUAUCAGCGAGUUCCGUAAUGUCUAUUCGGUUUGCAACGACGUUAGCGGGUUUACACAAGUACUGAAUGCUGUCUUCUCGGCUGUGGCAACUGGCCCUGCAUGUAGCAGCAUCUAUGCUCAGGUAACCAGCGGCAUUAGCACCAAGAACGUGGCUCCCCGGGAAACCGGCCUUCCGUUGGCUGCCGCUGCACUGGCUGCUGGAUUCGCAGUAGCUGCUUUCUAG